UCAGGAGGGGGGAUUGUUAUUGAAGCUGCGCGGCGGCUCCGCUGUAGGAGGAGCGGCUGAUCAUGUAUCUAAAGCAGAAAUUAAACUAAGUGUAAAAUAUUCCGGCGCUUUUUCUACGCUGUGAGGGUUAAACCAUGGCGGUCCCGAUGGAGAGUCAGCUGCAGAGUAUCUUUGAGGACGUGGUGAAAACAGAAGUAAUUGAGGAGGCUUUCGCUGGGAUGUUUAUGGACACCCCUGAAGAUGAAAGAACCAAACUUAUCAGCUGUUUAGGAGCAUUCAGGCAAUACUGGAGCAGUCUUCCUGAGGAGUCCCAUGAGCAGUGUGUGCAGUGGAUCGUGAGGUUUAUCCACAGCCAGCACAGUCCAAAACGCAUCUCCUUCCUCUAUGACUGCUUGGCCAUGGCGGUGGAGACCAGUCUGCUGCCCCCCAGAAUGGUCUGCCAGGCUCUGAUCAACUCUGAUUCUCUGGAGUGGGAACGCACACAACUCUGGGCUUUGACCUUUAAACUCAUUCGCAAAAUCAUCGGUGGAGUUGAUUAUAAGGGUGUGAGAGACCUUCUGAAGGCUGUUUUGGAUAAAGUUCAGACCAUCCCCAACCUGGUCAGCUCGGCUGUAGUGCAUCAGCUGCUGCCUGUGCGAGAGGUGGUGGAGUACAUCCUGGACAGGAAUGCUUGUCUCCUUCCAGCUUAUUUUGCUGUGAAUGAAAUCCGGAAACUCUACCCAGAGGGACAGCUCUCACACUGGCUUUUGGGCGGCUUGAUAUCAGACUUUGUGGACAGCUUCCGGCCAACUGCAAGAAUAAACUCCAUUUGUGGUCGCUGUAGUCUCCUCCCUGUGGUGAAUAACUCUGGAGCGAUCUGUAACUCAUGGAAGCUGGAUCCAGCCACCCUGCGCUUCCCUCUGAAAGGCAUGUUGCCCUAUGAUAAGGACCUGUUUGAGCCCCAGACCGGGUUGCUUAGAUAUGUUUUGGAGCAGCCUUACUCCAGAGAUAUGGUCUGCAACAUGCUUGGCCUUAACAAACAGACCCUGAACAUUGCUCAGCAUAAGCAGCGCUGCACCGUGCUGGAGGACCAGCUGGUGGACCUGGUGGUUUACGCCAUGGAGCGUUCGGAGACUGAGGAGCAGUUUGAUGAUGGUGGAACCAGCCAGCUGCUGUGGCAACAUCUAUCCAGCCAGCUCAUCUUCUUCGUCCUCUUUCAGUUUGCCAGCUUCCCACACAUGGUGCUGUCCCUGCAUCAGAAGCUGGCUGGUCGUGGUCUGAUUAAAGGUAGAGAUCACUUAAUGUGGGUGCUGCUGCAGUUUAUCUCUGGAAGCAUCCAGAAAAAUGCGUUGGGUGACUUCCUGCCAGUCAUGAAGCUCUUUGACCUGCUUUACCCAGAGAAAGAGUGUAUUCCAGUUUCAGACAUCAACAAACCCCAGUCUACCCACGCCUUCGCCAUGACCUGCAUUUGGAUCCACCUGAACCGCAAAGCCCAGAAUGACAACUCCAAACUACAGAUUCCUAUUCCGCACUCGCUCAAACUGCACCAUGAGUUUCUGCAGCAGAGUUUACGCAACAAGAGCCUGCCGAUGACCGACUAUAAGAUUGCGCUGCUGUGUAACGCUUACUCCACCAACUCCGAGUGCUUCACUCUACCCAUGGGUGUGCUGGUGGAGACCAUCUAUGGUAACGGUACACAGCGCAUCUCUCUGCCGGGAACCAACUGCAUAGCAUGUGGCUCGGUCACGCCCCUGCCCAUGAACCUGCUCGAUUCUCUCACCGUUCACGCCAAAAUGAGUCUCAUCCACAGUAUAGCCACUCGGGUCAUUAAACUGGCCCAUGCCAAGUCUAGUGUUGCCCUGGCCCCUGCCCUGGUGGAGACGUACAGCCGCCUGCUGGUCUACAUGGAGAUUGAAUCUCUUGGAAUCAAAGGCUUCAUCAGUCAGCUGUUACCGAACGUGUUUAAGUGUCAUGCGUGGGGGAUUCUGCACACUCUGCUGGAGAUGUUCAGUUACCGGAUGCACCACAUCCAGCCGCACUACCGUGUUCAGCUCCUCUCUCACCUCCACUCACUCGCUGCUGUACCGCAGACCAAUCAGAACCAGCUGCACCUUUGUGUGGAGAGCACAGCUCUCAGGUUAAUAACAGCAUUGGGAAGUUCAGAAGUCCAACCACAGUUCACACGUUUUCUCAGUGACCCCAAGACAGUGCUUUCUGCAGAAUCUGAGGAGCUGAACCGAGCACUGAUCCUUACUCUUGCCCGUGCCACACACAUCACUGAUUUCUUCACAGGGUCAGACUCCAUCCAGGGUACAUGGUGUAAGGACAUUCUGCAGACCAUCAUGAACUUCACCCCUCAUAACUGGGCCUCUCACACGUUGAGCUGCUUCCCGGCUCCUUUACAGGCGUUCUUUAAGCAGAAUAAUGUUCCUCAGGAGAGCCGCUUCAACCUGAAGAAGAAUGUAGAAGAAGAAUACAGGAAGUGGAAGUCCAUGACCAACGAGAAUGACAUCAUCACACACUUCUCGAUGCAGGGUUCUCCACCUCUCUUCCUCUGCCUGCUGUGGAAAAUGCUUCUAGAAACCGACCACAUCAACCAGAUUGGCUUUAGGGUUCUGGAAAGGAUUGGUGCGCGUGCACUGGUGGCCCACGUGCGGACGUUUGCUGAUUUUCUCGUGUACGAGUUUUCCACGUCAGCAGGGGGACAGCAGUUAAACAAGUGCAUAGAGAUCUUGAACGACAUGGUGUGGAAAUACAACAUUGUCACUCUGGACAGACUAAUCCUGUGUCUGGCAAUGAGGAGUCAUGAGGGGAAUGAAGCACAAGUUUGCUACUUCAUCAUCCAGCUUCUCCUCCUCAAGCCCAACGAUUUCCGCAACCGUGUCAGUGACUUCGUCAAGGAGAACGCUCCAGAACACUGGCUACAGAGUGACUGGCACAACAAGCACAUGUCCUACCACAAGAAAUACCCAGAAAAGCUGUACUUUGAGGGUCUGGCUGAGCAGGUGAAUCCCCCCAUGCAGCUUCAGCCACAGUACUUGCCCAUCUACUUUGGUAAUGUGUGUCUGCGCUUCCUGCCUGUCUUUGACAUCGUCAUCCACCGUUUCCUGGAGCUGCUGCCUGUCUCAAAAUCCCUGGAGACGCUGUUGGACCACCUAGGCGGGCUCUACAAGUUCCAUGAUCGGCCGGUGACGUACCUCUAUAACACCCUGCACUACUAUGAGAGGCACCUGCGUGACCGCACCAAUCUGAAGCGCAAGCUGGUACACGCCAUCAUGAGCUCACUGAAGGACAACCGCACACCUGGCUGGUGCCUCAGCGAGACCUACCUCAAGUUUGGAAUGAACCCCCGGGACGACAAUGUCUGGAUCCCAGACGACACCUACUACUGCAAACUCAUCGGCCGCCUGGUUGACACGAUGGCUGGAAAGUCUCCAGGUCCUUUCCCCAACUGUGACUGGCGCUUUAAUGAGUUUCCGAACCCAGCGGCACACGCGCUUCACGUGACCUGCGUUGAGCUGAUGGCUCUUGCUGUGCCGGGGAAAGAUGUGGGAAACGCACUGCUAAACGUUGUGCUCAAGAGUCAGCCAUUGGUGCCCCGCGAGAAUGUGACAGCUUGGAUGAAUGCCAUUGGCCUGGUCAUCACUGCUCUGCCUGAACCGUACUGGAUUGUGCUGCAUGAUCGCCUUGUGAGCGUUAUCAGCAGCCCAGUGUUGACGUCGGAGAUGGACUGUGUUGGGUACCCAUUCCAGCUGCUGGACUUCACCGCCUGCCACCAGUCCUACUCUGAGAUGUACUGCAGCUACGUGCUAGCACUAGCCCACGCAGUCUGGCACCACUCCAGCAUUGGACAGCUCUCCCUCAUUCCAAAGUUUCUGUCCGAGGUUCUAAAGCCACUGGUGAAGACUGAGUUCCAACUCCUCUACAUCUACCACCUGGUGGGGCCGUUUCUGCAGCGCUUCCAGCAGGAGAGAACACGCUGCAUGCUGGAGAUUGGAGUGGCUUUCUAUGAGAUGCUGCAAGCUGUGGACCACCACAGUAAGCACCUGGCAUAUAUGGACCCCAUCUGUGAUUUUCUCUACCACAUGAAAUACAUGUUUACAGGGGACAGCGUCAAAGACCAGGUGGAGAAGAUUAUCUGCACAUUAAGGCCGGCCAUGAAGCUCCGCCUUCGUUUUAUCAGCAAGAUGGAGCCAGCUGCAGCUGUUGCUACAGCAACCUCCUCCUCCCAGCCAACCAUGGUCUCCUCACCUGCCCCUCAGAGUGGACCUGGACCCGUCCAGUGACUCUGCAAAUGACCAUGUCCCCGGUGGACCCUCACUGUGUUGUUGUCUGAUCUAUACAGGCUCCUCCCAUAAAUGUGUUCUUUCAUAGCUACUGAGGUUGGACAGGCUUUACACAAUGUUGAUAUACAAAUUGAUCAGUUUCUCUGAUUUUGCUAUUUAUAGGUAUAUGUUUGAGUAAAAUGAACAUUGUUGUUUUAUUCUAUAAACUACGGACAACAUUUCUCCCAAAUUCCAAAUGAAAAUAUUAUCAUUUAGCAUUAUUUUGCAGAAAAUAAGAAAUGGCUAUAUAACACAAAAAUUGCAGUUCUCAGACCUCAAAUAAUGCAAAGAAAACAAGUUCAUAUUCAUAAAGUUUUAAGAGUUCAGAAAUAAUUAUUUGGAGAUAUGUUUUUUAAUCCAUUUUCAUGCAUCCUGGCAUGUUCUCCCCCACCAGUCUUACACACUGCCUUUGGAUAAUUUUAUGCCACUCCUGGUGCAAAAAUUCAAGCAGUUCAGUUUGGUUUGAUGGCUUGUGAUCAUCCAUCUUCCUCUUGAUUAUAUUCCAGAGGUUUUCAAUUUGGUAAAAUCUGUAGAGAGCUGUAUAUAUGUAUUAACACUCAGCACAUUUUUAGUUACUACUACAUAUUUAUACUGUAUUUAAAAUCUGUAAUGCUGCAAUAAACCCAAGUCUAAAUUUUUUGAAUUGUUACAUUCCUAAAUUAAUCUGCAUUCUGUAAAGCUUGUACAGCCUCAACUACCACAGCUAUAAAAAAACAUUUAAUGGACAUAAUCGGAAUGGUGUAGUAAAAAAGCGAAUUAAUAUGGACUGUAAAGAUGGAACAACUGAUGUCACACAAAUUACGGAGCACUUAGCUGUGAAACACGAGUAGUGGAGAGGCCUCGCGCUCUUUGGUAACAUAUGAACAUUAUUCUGCCAGAAGUGAAAGCAGCAGGUUAACUGAAUAAUUAUGAAUAAAAUUAUCAAAUAAAAAUGAUGAAGGACACAGAGUUCUCAAAUACUGAAUGUCUCAAUCAUAGUAGUUUAUGAAAUAUGUUUGGUACUCCAAACUAAAAUGUAUAUAUUUAGCCAUUCACUCUUUUUAGGGGCCCAGAAUUUUCCUCACUCGUUGAAAUAAGAGUGGAAAGCAGUGUGUAAACACUGUUAACAUUUUAAUAUUUACUACAUACAGACCAUUCAAAGGAACUAAGCUGCUAAAACUAUUUCUAUUUUGUCGAUGUAAUAAAAUGUCCAGCCAUUCUGCCUAUAAAAUAGGGCAUCCAAUCUGAUCUUAGGUCAUUUCAUAAAUCAGUCCUGUGGACACAGUCACAAUAACAGGCUGUUCUCUGAGAUUAAUUAAGGGAUAGGAAAUGAUCAUGUACAAAUUGACUUUCGAUUUUGGUUCAUAAAUACAAAAAACAAAGGCCAUAUAUGGGCCCUUAAAUCGAAGGCUGGAUUUUAUUAGCUGCUCUGGUGAAGCAGCACUGCCCCUCUGCCUUAAAAUAACACGGUUAAAGAAAUCCUGAGCUUUAGCACAGCUUCCAAUUAGGACUGGUCAGGUUAGUAAGUUCAUCUAUGAAUUGCUGAAAGUAAAGUUUUCCUAGAAAUGUUUAAGAGACUGAUGUUGUAAAGCUGUUGAAGUGGAUUUAUAAUCCCUGGUGAGCAGGCAGUUUCUCUUGUGUUUUCUGAGUUUUAUUCUACAUGAUUUGAGGAUUUAUUGAAAGUUAGCAUAUGUCCCUGAACUGUGUAAAUAUGAGACUGUCUUUACCAAUAACUGCAAACAUGGAAAGAA